UGUUUCUUGUUGUCUACACUGCACCAGCUGCCCAUGAGUCCGUCUGGAGAGUUAGUUCUUCAAGCCAAGGUCUACCGGUCAGCCACAUUAGAACGGCAAACAUCUCAAGCAGCAGCAGCAAUAGCAGCAAUGGAGACACAGCCGGGUGAUCUUGAGCUAGCACUGUGUAUGGAGGACAAACCCGAUGAGUUGCACAAGAACAUCACCAUGCUGCGCAAUCGUCGUGGCGCCAUCCGACACGCCAAGCUGCACGAGGUCAACGGGCACCGCUACAAGGCGCGCUUCUUCAGACAGUUCACUUUCUGCGCAUUCUGCAAGGAGUUUCUCUGGGGAUUUGGCAAGCAAGGCUACCAAUGCGAAGACUGUGAGCAGGUGGUACACAAGAAAUGUCAUCUUCUUGUCCUGGGGAAAUGCCCUGGCGCCAAGGACCGGGAAGCCAGAAUAACAUCAGCACAAGAUCUCCAUGCUCGGUUCAACAUCGACAUGCCGCAUCGUUUCAAGGUGCACAACUUCUUUCAUCCAACGUUCUGUGAUCACUGCGGCACAAUGAUCUAUGGACUGUUUCGGCAAGGUCUGCGCUGUCAAACGUGUCAUUCGAAUAUUCACAAGCGAUGUGAGCGACGAGUACCAAACCUGUGUGGUAUCAAUGAGAAAGUAAUGUCCGGUAUGUUGGCUGAUGUCUCCAAGGAGGUGGAGGCCAAGAAAUCUGCCUCCCCUGCAACAAAGAAGAAGGCAAUGUCACCAACAUCUGCAGCCAGCAAACCCUCUCAUCUUGCCGCACAGGGAAAGUCCAGUGAUGCAGGUAGCAUUGAUGAAGGCAUGGGCAAGGUUUCACUCAGCUCCAAACCCAAGUAUCGCCUGGCUGACUUCCACAUGCUGAAGGUCCUGGGAAAGGGCAGUUUUGGAAAGGUUAUGCUCGCUCAGGUCAAGAAAAGCAAGCAAUACCUUGCCAUCAAGGUGCUGAAGAAGGAUGUUGUCUUGGAGGACGAUGAUGUAGAGUGCACUAUGAUUGAGAAGCGAGUGCUGGCAUCGACCGGCGGUAACCCAUUCCUGGUUCAGCUUCACUCCGCAUUUCAAACUGAAGGACACUUGUUCUUUGUCAUGGAGUUUGUGAAUGGUGGAGAUCUGAUGUUCCACAUUCAACAGCAGGGCCGCUUCAACGAAGAUCGAACUCGAUUCUAUGUGGCCGAGAUUGUGUGCGGACUGCAACAUCUUCACGGGAAAGGAGUGAUCUAUCGAGAUUUGAAGCUGGACAAUGUCAUGCUGAGCAGUACAGGUCACAUCAAGAUUGCUGACUUUGGUAUGUGCAAGGAGAACAUAAGCGGUGCGAACACAACCUCCACAUUCUGCGGAACGCCAGACUACAUUGCACCUGAGAUCAUUGAAGGUGCACAAUACAACCACACGGUGGACUGGUGGGCACUUGGCGUACUAACCUAUGAAAUGCUGCUGGGACAGUCUCCAUUCAGCGGUGAUGAUGAAGAAGCACUGUUUGGUUCCAUCAUGAACGAUGAGGUGGUCUACCCUGUCUGGCUCAUGAAAGAGUCAGCUGCCUUUGUCAGCAAGCUGCUUGUCCGGGAUCCAACACGUCGAAUGGGCAGUGACCCGAAAACUGGCAGACAGCAGAUCCGUUCAGAUGCAUUCUUCAAGACCAUCAAAUGGGAUGUAUUGGAGGCAUGUGGCAUUCCUCCUCCGUUUGUGCCGCAAGUGAAAUCCCCGGGUGACGCAGGCAACUUUGAUGUGGAUUUCACCAUGGAGCCGGCAGUCAUCACUCCCACCGAUGAUAAGCUACUCAAGUCCAUGGACCAGGAGGCAUUCACAGGAUUCUCCUACGCCAAUGAAACAUUUUGAACUGUGUGUGGAACCUAUGGUCAGGCACUAACCUGAGUGCAGCCGCCUGCUGUGCCCACAUGCCAAUCCAACGGCUAAUUUCCGGCAGCCUUGUAAAACAGAGAUCAAUGUCACACUUUUCCGUCUUGUCUCUUCUUUGGAGCAAUUACGUAGUCCGUUUCUGAAUUUUUCUAAAUGAUCAGAUUUUUAGCUCAUGCCUAAAUUUCCAAUAUUUUAAUGUACGGCCGAAACAUUGACAAAUCAGAUGAGUAUAGAAAGGAUUCUAGACUGACAUGAAGUAGGUAUUUACCCUCCGGAUAUGAUGUACGCGUAACCUGUAGUGCAGUCUAAACUGCACAGUACAGUUUACUUGUCUGCCAUGCAUUGCUUUUACACUAGGGUGCUGAGUUCUUUUUUUCCUUUUUAGGCUAUGAUUUUCAAGAAUGUUAUACUUUUCUAAUUCGUCCGACCGAUAGCUAGAUAAGUACCUGUUACAUCCAUGAUGUGGCUAUUUUCCUUUUUCUUAUUACAGUACUUUUAUUUUUUUGUGGAACUAGCUUCCAAUCCUGCUGCUCGCAGGUCCCGAAAAAUGAGCGCAUAAUAUAUUAUUUCUUACAUAGAAAUCACCCCCUCCUCA